GAGCCGGCGCGGGUGAGUCGGUUUUGGGCUGCGAGGGUUGCUUCGGGGCUUGGAGUUGGGGAUGCUGGAGUUGGGGAUGGACUUGGGAAGGGAGGGGGUUUACUUGGUGGUGCGUUGCUGGUUUCUGGUGGUGGUGAUGUUGGGUCUGGGUCUGGGUCUGGGUCUGGGUUAUCAGGGGUGGAGGGAGAGGUAAAUGUCACUGAAAAUCGAAACGGGGAGCGUAAGAAUAGUAGGAGGCGGGUGCAGGAGCAGCAGCAGGAGCAGCAGGAGCAGCAGGAGCAGCAGGAGGAGCAGGAGCUGACUCAAGCUGAGGACGGAACUGCUACAGCUACAGCUACAGCUACAGCUACAGGGCGUACACGCAAGAAGAAAAAGAGCGCGCGAGAGGUCAAGAAGAUGAAGAUGGAUCUGGUGGGGCAUUGGCUGCAGAAUGCUACCACCACCACCACCACCACCCACCGUCCCGGCACUCUGGCCGUGGCCGACGACCACGAGUUACAGCGGUGGGUGCAGGCGUAUCGCUUCAAAUGGCAACCCCCCAAACACACGGGCACCCGGACUGGCGCCCACGCCAACUUGCCGGAUAUCGGCAAGCUGGACGAUCUGGCGGACUGUUUGGUGCAGGGGGUCACUUGGCUGGAGUGGCAGCAGAUGCGCCACCGUCUCAUGGCUAAUCCUUCUCUGUUGGAUAAGAUCUAGCUUAGCUGGUCACGGUUCG